AACAAGUCAAGAACUCGCAACUUAUUCUGCGUCGGUCAAUCCUAUUAGAGUAAGGGCUGCCGGUGAGGAUUUUACCACGCGAGAGGGAUCCCAAUCCUAAUCCUUGAUCAUGGUACCUCUCGAUCCAUCUUUUUGAAUUGGUUCUUCUACAGCCAGAUCCGUUUCUUAAUGAACUUACAAGCAUGUUUGAACAGAGUACUGAGAAAGGGACUGUUUGGGUCACUCUCAAACGAUCGUCGUUGAAGUCUAAGGUGCAAAGGAAUAAAAUGACAACUGCUGGUACACCCAUCGACUAUAGGUGUCUCAUCCGUGCUACUAAUGGCAAAAAGACAAUCUCUACUUCGGUUGGGGCCAAGGAUCACCAACGCUUCCAAGCUUCAUAUGCAACUAUUCUAAAGGCCCACAUGACAGCUUUGAAAAAGAGGGAGAGGAAGGACAAGAAAAAGGCUGCAGGGGCAAAUAAGAAAGAGGGUGUCUCAAAUAGUUCCAAGAGGGCCUGAACUAAGCUUCUGCAUAAACUGAAUACCUUUCAUUUCCUUUGAACAUGCCCUUUGGCUUUUAAGAAUGCUAGAGUUUUAAUUUCUUAUCCGGAAAAAAGUAUGAAAUGAUUUGUUUUUGAGCAAUUUGUGGGAUUGGAGGACAUGUUUUUGUUUGACCGCCUGAUUCAGGAUGCAGCAUCAAUUAACAUUUAUGUGAGAAGUUUUGGAAAAAAGAGGAGGAAUUGUACAUAUAUCUUGUUGGAGGUUUAUGUUUGAUUGAUUUUUGCUCUUGAAUUUUUCUGGAGCUAUACACAGAAAUUCUUCAUUUAUAAGAUUGGCCGGUCAAAUAUGGUGGUUAUGCAAAAUAUUACUGUAUGCUUGUAGCACAUAUUCAUUGUUUGGUGUUGGACCA